GCUUGGAGAGUGAGUACGCUGAGGAAACCUGAAUCCUAUCAAGGGUGGUUGUAAUUCUGUCGAGGCAGGAAACGACAAAGGGCGAACGGGGUCUGGACGCAGGUGUUUGACGGACAGAAGAGCCCGGGUUCAUUUCACUUCUCUUACAGGACAAUGGAGACUGAAAUCGAUCAACAGGAGGAAGAGACCACUUUCAGUAACACAGACACCAACGGGAAGCGUCCUGCUGAGGACGCAGAGGAGGAACAGGCCUUUAAGAGAUCCCGCAAUACAGACGAGAUGGUGGAGCUACGAAUCCUACUGCAGAGCAAAAAUGCAGGAGCUGUGAUAGGAAAGGGAGGGAAAAACAUCAAAGCGCUGCGCACUGACUACAAUGCCAGUGUAUCAGUCCCAGACAGCAGUGGCCCAGAGCGUAUUCUCAGUGUGUCCGCGGAUAUUGAAACCAUCGGCGACAUUCUGCUGAAGAUCAUCCCCACUCUGGAGGAGUACCAGCACUACAGUGGGAUUGACUUUGACUGUGAGCUGCGUCUGCUGAUCCAUCAGAGUCUGGCUGGCAGCAUCAUUGGGGUUAAAGGCGCCAAAAUCAAGGAGCUGAGGGAGAACACCCAGACCACCAUCAAGCUGUUUCAGGAGUGUUGCCCUCAGUCCACUGACCGUGUGGUUCUGGUGGGAGGGAAGCCGGAGCGGGUCGUUGAGUGCAUCAAAGUCAUUUUGGAGCUGAUCUCUGAGGCCCCUAUAAAAGGCCGGGCCCAGCCCUACGACCCCAACUUCUACGAUGAGACAUACGACUAUGGCGGCUUCACCAUGAUGUUUGAGGAGCGCGGACGGCGGCCCAUGGGCUUCCCCAUGCGUGGGCGUGGCGGUGGGUUCGACCGCAUGCCCCCUGGCAGGGGGGGGCGCCCCAUGCCCCCCUCCCGCAGGGACUACGAUGACAUGAGCCCUCGGCGAGGACCACCCCCUCCCCCCCCAGGCAGAGGGGGAAGGGGCGGUAGCCGGUCUCGGAAUCUACCCCUGCCCCCACCGCCGCCACCUAGAGGAGGAGAAGACCAGUUUUCCUACGAGACCUAUCAUGGCAAAGCAGACGACAGAGCAAACAGUGAGAGAAGAGGGAGACCUGGAGAUCGCUAUGACACCAUGAGUGGGGGUGGAUACGACAACAACUCAUCCUGGGAACCCUUCCAGUCUGGAGGGCGUGGCUCCUACGGUGACAUGGGGGGUCCUGUCAUCACCACGCAAGUGACUAUUCCCAAAGAUCUGGCGGGAUCCAUCAUUGGGAAGGGGGGCCAGAGGAUCAAGCAGAUCCGCCACGAGUCCGGGGCAUCCAUCAAGAUUGACGAGCCUCUGGAGGGGUCGGAAGACCGCAUCAUCACCAUCACAGGCACUCAGGACCAGAUCCAAAACGCACAGUACCUAUUGCAGAAUAGUGUGAAGCAGUACUCUGGGCGCUUCUUCUAAAGGAGGAGAGUAAGAUUGAUGGGAAACCGCCCUGCUUGUUUUACCCUGCUUCUGUUGUACAGAGAACAUUCCUCAGCGUUAGGUACAUGUUCUGUAUUUGGGUGCAGUUCCCACUUGGCCUCUCUUCCAUACACUGCACCAUUUUAAUUCUAGACCUUCAGCUCAAUGUUUUUCUCAAUGGCAGCAGAAUGAGUGAUUUUUUUUUUUCCUUCCUUAUGACUUUGUUUUGCUUGGUUUGUACUGUUUCUGUAAGUGCAAAGUGGCGUGUGUGCGGGUGUGCGCAGGCCUGUGGGGUGAAGAUGUGCUCACACAUCUGUUGAGCGCUGCAUACAGAAUGCAAUCACUCCUGUAACAUUUUAUUUUUAAGAUUUAGGAAAUUGUGCUUUCUUCCUGUUUUUUAGUUAAAAGACU